CCCGAUGCUUAAACCCUCCCAGUCGCGAGAUUCCGUCUACAGAGCUGCGAGCAGGCGAAGGCGAUGAUGUCUCGAGCCAGGGCAGUCCUCGCCUCCAUCCGACUCGCCAACUCGCUGCGGCCCGGGACUCGGGCGCUGUUGACUCAGGUCAGUCGGUCAUCUCCUUCCCCAGCUCUCCCAUCAGCCCAUCCUCACGCUUUCCUCUUCAAUCUCUACGAAAGAUUUCGCUUCUCGACCAAACCCGACUCAAUCUUGGAUCUGGUUGCGGCCAACCGCUGGUCUGCUGAGCUGGAGAACCAGCUCGGAGAUAUCAACCCGGUGUUGAACCAUGAGACGGUAGUUUAUGUUCUGAAGAAACUAGACAGAGACCCAGUGAAGGCUUCCAGUUUCUUCCAUUGGGCUAGUGGGAGAGAUGGUUUCGAUCCAAAUUCUUCUCUUUAUAGCAUGUUACUCAGGAUUCUGGGCAAGAAGGAGUGGACGAAGCAGUUUUGGUUCACUCUGAAAAAAAUGAAAGAGCAGGGGUUUUAUCUUGAUGAAGAAACGUAUGUGACUAUUUUAGGGGUGUUCAAGAAAGAGAAGAUGGCUAGCAAUGCAAUGGCUUUGACCCAUUUCUAUAAGAGGAUGAUCGAAGAGAAUGGUAGGGACAGUGUCGUCAAGAAAUUGGUUGAGCUUGUUCUGGGGAAGGCGGGGAGUAGUGAAGCUGUGAAAACUUUGGCAGAUAUGAACAUAGCUUUCUCGGAUACCAUGGUCAUAAGGAUCUUGAAGGAGUUGAGGAAUUACCCGGCAAAAGCGCGAACUUUUUUUGAUUGCGUUGGAAGAUGCCCUGACUAUAAACACAAUACGGUCACGUAUAAUGCGAUCGCGAGAGUCCUUGGACGGGAGGAUUCCAUUGUGGAGUUUUGGAGUGUUGUCGAGGAGAUGAAGAGUCUCGGUCAUGAAAUGGACCUCGAUACAUACAUAAAAGUUUCGCGGCAAUUUCAGAAGAGUAAGAUGAUGCAUGACGCGGUUAAGCUGUACGAGUUCAUGAUGGAUGGUCCUUACAGGCCAUCGGUUCAGGACUGCAGCACGCUAUUGAGAAGCAUCUCUGCAACUGAGAAGCCGGAUUUAGACUUGGUGUUUAGAGUUGCGAGAAAAUAUGAAUCCACGGGUAAUUGCCUCUCUAAAGCUGCCUAUGAUGGGAUUCAUCGGUCUUUGACGAGCGUCGGAGCAUUUGAUGAGGCAGAAAAGAUUUUUCAAGUCAUGAGAAAUGCAGGGUACGAACCUGACAAUAUUACACAUAGUCAAUUAGUUUUUGGACUCUGCAAGGCAAAGAGACUGGAUGAAGCAUGUGUGGUGCUCGAUAAAAUGGAAGAACAUGGAUGUAUUCCGGAUAUCAAAACUUGGACCAUCUUGAUUCAAGGUCAUUGUGCGGCUAAUGAAGUCGAGAAAGCGCUAUUCUUGUUUGCUAAAAUGAUGGAGAGAGGGAUCGAUGCCGAUGCUGAUCUACUAGACGUUUUGAUCAAUGGUUUCAUCAGUCAGAGCAAGAUUGAUGGCGCCUACCAACUGUUCUUUGAAUUGGUAAAUAAGGCUCAUAUAAGACCAUGGCAGGCUACAUUCAAGAAUUUAAUUGACAAGCUUUUAGGAGUAAGGCAGCUUGAUGAAGCAAUGGAGCUCCUUCGGCUGAUGAAGAAACAGAAUUACCCAGCAUACCCAGAGCCUUUUGUUCGACAUAUUUCAAGGUUUGGCACUGUGCAUGAUGCUUCUGAGUUCUUGAAAGCUUUGAGUGUCAAGGACUAUCCAUCAGUAUCGGCUUAUGUUUACGUUUUGGAGUCUUUCUUUAAGGAAGGCAGACAAUCUGAAGCUAAGGACUUACUUUACAAGUGCCCUCAUCAUAUUCGUCAACAUCCUAUAGUCAGUGUUCUUUUCAAUUGAGCAGAGGUUUGUGGACAUAUCUCCUCGAUCCAAUUCAUGAAAAAUUAAUUCGUAGUCA